AGAGAGAAAAAAAUAGCACCAGCUAACACCCACACCCACGGUGGCUGGAGUGGUCAUCAGUUCGAAGAAUGGUGGCGGUUGUUACUGCAGCAAGGGCGGUGGCAGUGUUCGCCGCAGCGCGACCCUCCUCCUCUAUUUCGCCGCUAACCAGACACAGCACUUUUAGAUUCAGAACUCUCUCUUGUUCAUCGGAACCUUCUAGAAAGCUCAUCCUUUACUCCAAACCCGGUUGCUGUUUGUGCGAUGGCCUCAAAGAGAAGCUUCAUGCAGCGUUCUUGCUUUCUGGCCCUGAUUCCCUCACCGACGUUCAUCUCCAGGUACGGGAUAUAACUAGCAAUCCUGAAUGGGAAAGUGCUUAUCAAUAUGAGAUACCUGUGCUGGCUAAAGUUCUCUCUGAUGGCACUGAGAAAACUUUACCACGUUUGUCUCCACGCCUAGGAGUGUUGCACGUCCAGAAGAAGAUAGCUGCUGCUUUGAGAGAACAAUAAAGGCGUUUCAGGCUUACAGCUCAAAAAGACUCCUGAGGCAUAACAAUUCUCUGUUUUACAACUUCAUCAUCUUAUACUUUGUAGAGUUUAAAUAUUUUUUAGAUAUUUUAUAUAGUUUUGUCUAUUGAAUAAAUAAAUUACAUAAAGCCUCUACUGAUAUGUGAAACUUACACAAGCAUACACUGAUACACACACAUCAGAUGUUAUAACAUAGUACAAAGCUGAAUGAAAAAGUUUAUAUUUAAUUUUAA